ACGUGGCCCCCGGUGCUGCGAGCUAACGGUGCGCCUCUCUCCCCCCAAGGAAAUGCUCCAGGAGAAAAGCCUGUCUGAAACCGAGGAAGGGUUUCCAACAGCCCCCGCGCCCGGCCAUGCGGACUCCUCCGCCGGCUCCCCCGUCCUCGGCGUAGCCGGGGGGAGCAGCACGCCGCUCAGCAGCCCGCAGCUCCCCGACCCCGAGCAGACGAUCGAAAACAUCAAAGUCUAUCUCCAUGAGAAGGAGCUAUGGAAGAAAUUUCAUGAAGCUGGCACCGAAAUGAUAAUAACCAAAGCAGGCAGGAGGAUGUUUCCUAGUUACAAGGUUAAAGUGACCGGAAUGAACCCCAAGACCAAGUACAUCCUGUUGAUUGACAUCGUCCCAGCUGACGACCACCGGUAUAAAUUCUGUGACAAUAAAUGGAUGGUAGCUGGGAAGGCAGAGCCGGCCAUGCCGGGGCGGCUGUACGUGCACCCCGACUCACCGGCCACGGGAGCACACUGGAUGCGGCAGCUGGUGUCCUUUCAGAAGCUAAAACUCACCAACAACCACCUGGACCCCUUUGGACAUAUCAUUCUUAAUUCAAUGCACAAAUACCAACCACGACUGCAUAUUGUGAAGGCAGAUGAGAACAAUGCUUUCGGGUCGAAGAACACAGCCUUCUGCACCCACGUUUUUCCGGAGACGUCCUUUAUAUCGGUGACCUCCUACCAGAAUCACAAGAUAACCCAGCUGAAGAUUGAAAACAACCCCUUUGCCAAGGGAUUCAGGGGGAGCGACGACAGCGACCUGCGCGUGGCACGACUGCAAAGCAAAGAAUAUCCAGUAAUUUCCAAAAGCAUCAUGAGGCAGAGGUUGGUGUCCAGUCAUGGCCAGCUUUCAACAAAGCCAGAUGUUAACCCACUUCAUGGGAAUCACCAGACCCUUCAACAUUAUCAGUAUGAGAACGGUGCUCACAUGCAAUUUGCAGCUUCAGAUACUCAAGAUCUGCCACUCAACACCUUCACAGCACAGAGAGAUUCGGGGCUCUUCUAUCAUUGCCUAAAAAGAAGAGAAAGUGCUCGGCACCUGGACCUGCCCUGCAAACGCUCCUACCUGGAAGCCUCCUCUUCUGUAGGAGACGAUCACUAUUUCCGUUCCCCGCCUCCGUACGAUCAGCAGAUGCUAAGCCCUUCCUAUUGCAGCGAGGUGACUCCGAGGGAAGCGUGCAUGUACUCUAGUUCUGGGGCUGAAAUUGCUGGUGUCUCAGCGGUUGACGACUUGCCGCCUCCGCCUCCCCCCUUGAGCUGCAAUAUGUGGACUUCUGUCGCACCUUACACCAGCUACAGUGUUCAGACAAUGGAAACUGUCCCUUACCAGCCUUUCCCUGCUCAUUUUACUGCCACCACCAUGAUGCCGCGGCUCCCCUCCAUCACGGGUCAAGGCUCGCAGCCACCAGGUAACAGCCACUUCAGUGUCUACAACCAGCUGUCCCAGUCUCAGGUUCGGGAGCGCGUUCCUUCUUCAUCUUUCCCGAGGGAAAGGGUGCACCCGUCUGUGUGCGAGAGAAAACCCCCCUCUCCGCACCUAAACGCGGCGAACGAAUUCCUGUACUCACAAAGCUUUUCCUUGUCGAGGGAGUCGUCGCUGCAGUAUCAUUCAGGGAUGGGGACUGUGGAGAACUGGACUGACGGAUGA